AUGGUGGCUGUAGAAUCUCCCCAUCCUCCCUUCUAUGCUGGAGAGACAGUAACUCUGAGGUGUGAUAUAGCAGAGUACACAGACUGGAAUCAGUAUGUCUGGUACAAAGACAAUCAGAUAUCCAGACAAAGCAGGAAGACCAACACCAUUCCUCUUCCCUAUUAUGUUGGCCAGCACACAUGCAAAGGGUGGAGAAAAGGUCGGCCGAGGAAUUCCCAACGCAGUGCACCUUUCUCUGUCAGUGUCACAGCCCUGCCUACACCUACACUGAGUGUGCAGCCAGAGAGUCCUGUGUUCACUGGAGAGGAAGUCACUCUGAAGUGUGAGAUUGAGCCUGAGGGUGUCUGGAAGUACAAGUGGUAUAAAGAUGAGGGCAGAGAUGUACUUACUCUGGGGUACACCGACACAUAUACCAUCACUGCAGCUGCUGAGUCUCAUAAGGGCCAGUACUGGUGUCUGGGGGAGAGGAGAGACAGACCCACAGCAUCACAGCAAAGCAGGAGAAUAACUAUUGAUGUCAAAGCUCUGCCCACAGCUACAGUGACUGUAGAGUCUCCUGAGGGUCCAUACUACCCUGGAGAUGAGGUCACUCUGAGGUGUGAUGUAGCAGAGUACGUAGACUGGAUUGCAUAUGACUGGAACAUUUCUGGUCAUCCUGGUGAUCCAGACAACCAAAAGAACAAUCAAACCAUCACCAUCACUCUGCCACAUGAAGCUGGCCAGUUCCUGUACACAUGUGAAGGAUUCAGAUAUAAAAGACCACAGCAUUCGCAGAGCAGUGACCCUCUUACAAUCAGUAUGCAAGCGCUGCCUUUGGCUACACUGACUGUAGAGCCCCAGAGUCCUGUGUUCACUGGAGAGACGGUCACUCUGAAGUGUGUGAUAGAGUCUCUCAGUGGCUGGACAUAUAAGUGGUAUAAGGGGUCCACCACAACCCCAGUGUCUGAGGGAAACACCUUCACCAUCAGAGGAGCUGCUGAGUCUCAUAAGGGCCAGUACUGGUGUCAGGGGGAGAGGAGAGACAGACCCACAUCAUCACAAGAAAGCAGCCACAUAACUCUUGAUGUCAAAGAUUCAAAGCCCAAACUCACAUUAAGUCCAUCAGGCCACCAGCUCUUCACAGGAGACUCAGUGACUCUGAGAUGUGAGUUGGGUGUUUCCUCUGGUUUGGUGUUCUACUGGUACAGAGACACACAAACCUCUGAUCCUGUGGCCCAGACUGACGGAGACUCCUACAGCAUCAGCUCUGUUAAAGACUCUGAUGGAGGACAGUACUGGUGCAGAGCUGGGAGAGGAGACCCAGUCUACUAUACUCAAUAUAAUGAUGGUGUUGAGAUAACAGUUACAGAAAGGCCAAAACCGAUUAUUACCCUGAAAUCAAACUGGACAGAGUUCUUCAGUGGAGAGAAGGUCUCUCUCAGAUGUGACAUAAAGAGUGGGGAGAUCAGUGACUGGGAGUACAGCUGGUUUAGGGAUGGAUUGAGAGACUAUGCUGUGGAGGAAUAUGAAAUCACACCAUCUGAAAGUGGUAACUACACUUGUAAAGGACAAAGGAAACAUGAUCAAAAACCAUCAGAAGCAAGUGAUGCUGUUGGUAUUACAAUUUAUUCUGAGAAUGCCCAGGCAGUUCUGAGUUCCUUCUCACAGACCUGGCUGACUGAAGGAGACUCAGUGACUCUGAGCUGUGAGGUUAGAGAAUCCACUACAGGCUGGAGAUUCCACUGGUACACGACUGCCCCCUACAGGCCUGAUUCGACACAUGUCACAUACAAAAACAGAGAUCAUUAUGUAAAACUGCUUUCAGACAGCAUCAGAGGAGCUGGGGGCUCCUACACUCUCAGCCCUGCUGCCCUUAGACACACAGGGGUUUAUGUGUGCAGAGCAGAGAGAGAAGAACCAGCCCAUUACACAGAGUUCAGCCAGCCUCAGCCUCUCUGGGUCACAGGUUUGUCUCCUAAAUCUUCUGUGAUGAUCCAUUCAAAAUGGACCCAGGUCUUCACAUCUGAGCCUCUCUCCCUGAGCUGUGGGGUUGAGGGCAACUCUACUGGAUGGAGACUGAGGUGGUUCACAGACAGAGGAGGACAAUCAGAGUGUCCCACUGACUGGAGACCAGAAACAGGAUCCAGCUGCAGCAUCACCUCAACAGCUCCAUCAGACAGUGGAGUGUACUGGUGUCAGUCUGAGUCUGGAGAGCAGAGUAACCCUGUCAACAUUACAGUGCACAAUGGUAGUGUGAUCCUGGAGAGUCCUGUCCAUCCUGUGACUGAGGGAGAUCCUCUGACUCUGCACUGUAGAUAUCGCCAUCAGCCAUCAAACGUCAGUGCUGACUUCUAUAAAGAUGGGACACUCCUGCAGACCUCCACUACAGGAGAGAUGACCAUCCCUGCAGUCUCCAAGUCACAUGAAGGCCUCUAUAAGUGCAGGAACCCAGAGAGAGGAGAGUCACCAGAGAGCUGGAUCACAGUCAAAGAUGCUGCAUCCUUUAAGUUGAUGGUAGCAGUCGGUGGUGUGAUGGGACUGCUUGUUGUCUUUGCUCUGGUCAUUUCACUGUUUCUGCUGCAUCGCUCCCAGAAAGCAAAAGGUUCAGAUUCAGUGACGGCAAACCUUGGUCCACAGUGGAGCAACAGUCACAGUUCAACCUCACAGGAAAGAGUUUUAGAUGGUGCUGUGACCGAAACUGGUGAGCCGGACUAUGCUGAGAUUGAGUGGAAGGAUACAGACAACAACAAGGAAGAAGGUCUGUAUAAUGUGGAAUCCAAAAGAGGUGCAGCGAUGUCAGAUCCUCUUUACUCACUCUUGAGGCCAGUGCAGAGUUCAACCAAGAGAUGUGCAGCGAUGGCAGACCCUCUGUACUCACACCUGAGACCAGUGAAGAGUUCAAGAGUCUCAGAUGGAGGUGGGGAUGGAACCAGUGAUGUGACGUAUGCCAAAGUUAACAAAUUUAAACACAAGAAAGAAGAUGCAGGUGGACCCGUGGGUGUCACAUAUGCUGAAGUACAGAUUAAGAUGAAGCCACUUGGCAGUAGAGCCAAGCCUGUACACUCUGAAGAAGAACAUGUUUACUCUGAUGUCAAGCCUGGUAUCAGGUGAUGGAAGGUUUUGCUGCAAGCUCUCUAGACAAUGAAAAGAUCUGUGAUUUGUGAUGGUGGGACAAAUUAAAGGGCCAAGAGGGCAGCGGCAAAGCCAAACACGGGCACCAUUGUGUGUGUGAAGACGUGGGGAUAGAGCCUUUGCCGCUAUGGCAAAUUUGACUUGCUUACAAAUGUACAGAGAAAAACAGAGUACUGGUGAAGGAAAUGCAGCCGAAACAUUGACGUGUUUUAGUGAGGCCAAAUAUAAAGAUUUCAAGAGUCUCGCAUGAAUGAGUAUUAACUUGUUGUCUUAUAGAUGCUCAUAAUGAUUGUAUUGCCAGUAUAAUCCAUUCAUACUUUACUCCAUACUCUAUUCCCCACUUUAACUGUUGUUUUAAUUAACAGCUUUUGUUAGGUGUUGUA